GGAUCUAUCCGAUGCGCCACGAGGCGGGACCCGCUCGCUGCACUGCCUUACUGCACGUCAUCGGCCAGUAGGCUUCCGAAUUCCUGGCGGUGAUUGUUCGAAUUGCAACCUACCUCCGUCAAAGCCCUGCUUCGUAGACAACAUCAGAGAAGUUCAGACCCACAGUCAGCCAUCACGAAGUCAAUUACGCGAGGAUUCAAGACGAGAACAGCACUCAGAAUGCCUACUGUCAACGUAUCGCUGAAGAAAGGUGCGAGCGAGGACAAAUAUGAGGAGGCCAAGAAGCAAGUCACGGAGCACGGCGGCAAGAUCACGCGCGAGUUCUCUAUCGUGAAGGGAUUCACUGCCGACAUCCCAGACGACAAGGUGUCGGCGUUGGAAUCCAACGAGCACAUCACUGUCGAGCGCGAUGGCAAGGUCACUACGCAGUGAGCGCGAAUAUGCGACCGUUGUGCGACUCAUCAUAUAGAUGGAGCAUUAGGCGAGUCAAGUAUACACAUUAU